ACGGUGAUCUAUAGAGAGAGUGAGCGACGCAAUUGGAUAUUUAAUAAUUUACCCCCACCAUGAAUCGGUCGUAGUACAGGCAGGCGUGUCGAAUGAGAUGGAGAGUCGCCAAGUAAGAAGAAGACCAACCCACAUAGCGCGUUUCCCAUCUCAGCAUCAGCAAGCACCAUCAUCAUCUUCCAUAAUCACCAGCUAGAAAGAGAAAAAAAAGUUUCUUUUUUGUUGAUUUCAUCAAUCUCUUAGCUUUUCUUCUUCUUCUUCUUCUUCUUUGGGAGACGGGUUUGUUGGGUUUCAUCAACUCUGAAAUGUGGAGAGACCAUGGAACUCCUGCUGAUUCAUUUUAUCAAGUCCGCCCUGAAUACACUGAUGAUGUUCCUAAAACCAAAUUCAAAAUCAAGGCUGGAAAAACUUUAAGUGUGCGUAAAUGGCAGUCUGCCUUCAAUUCAGAAGGCUAUUUGGAUAUGAGUAGGACACUAAGUCGAAUCCAGCGUGGGGGUAUCCAUCCAUCAAUUAGAGGGGAAGUUUGGGAAUUUCUACUUGGUUGUUUUGAUCCUAGAAGCACAUUUGACGAACGGGAUCAAAUUCGUGAACGUAGACGUGCAAAAUAUGCGUUGUUGAAAGAAGAGUGCCGUAAAAUGUUUCCCCUUGUUGGAAGUGGUAAGUUUGUGACCGCCCCUAUACUUACUGAGGAUGGAGAACCUGUUAAAGAUCCUAUAGUUCUUCAGCAAACAAAUCUACACAAGGGACCAGGCGAUUCUUCUCAAGAAAAUGGAAGACCAUCAUUAGGUUUAACAAUGGUGAAAGAGAAUGACAAAAGGAUAAUAGAGUGGAAGCUCACAUUACAUCAAAUAGGUCUCGACGUGUUUCGAACUGACAGGACUUUAGUUUUCUAUGAGAAACAAAUGAAUUUGGCAAAACUUUGGGAUAUUUUAGCUGUGUAUUCAUGGUUUGAUGGAGAUGUUGGUUAUUGUCAAGGAAUGAGUGAUCUUUGCUCUCCGAUGAUAAUGCUUCUCCAAGAUGAAGCAGAUGCGUUUUGGUGCUUUGAACGGUUAAUGCGCAGAUUGCGAGGAAACUUCCGAUGCACGGAGAGCUCUGUUGGGGUGGAAGUGCAGCUCAGUAAUUUGGCUUCAAUAACACAGGUUAUUGAUCCAAAGCUUCAUCAGCAUCUGGAGACCCUUGGUGGAGGCAAUUAUCUAUUUGCUUUCAGAAUGCUGAUGGUUUUGUUUCGCAGAGAAUUCUCUUUUGGCGAUUCUCUAUAUCUUUGGGAGAUGAUGUGGGCUCUGGAAUAUGAUCCUGACUUAUUCUUCAUGUAUGAGAAGGAUCCCAACUCGGGAAAAGGAGAUGGAUCGAGAGAGAGAGGAAAAUCGACACGACAGUGCGGGAAAUUCGAGAGGGAAGCCUUGAAGAAUGGGUCAAAAAUGGGGGGAAAUCCUCUCCCAAUCUCUAUCUUUCUUGUUGCAAGUGUAUUGAAAGAUAAAAGCUCAAAAUUGUUAACAGAAGCUCGUGGCCUUGAUGAUGUUGUUAAGAUAUUGAAUGACAUGACAGGAAAUUUGGAUGCUAGAAAAGCUUGUGUUGAAGCAUUGAAACUUCACAAGAAAUAUUUGAAAAAGGCAAAGCAAACUUGAAGUUGAAAACGAUUUCUCAUAUUGUUGAUCCUGUCAACAAAUAACUGCAUUUCGGGUGCUAUCUUGUAUGAGAGAAAUGUAUUGGCAGGAAACAAAGAUGUCACCUUUAAAAAACUGUUAAGAGUUUAGAGAUUUCAUCGUAUAAAAUGAGAAAAAAAGCCCAUUGUGAAUGUAAUUACAUGCAACUGUCGUGUCAUGUGUGUGAGAUUAUUAAGGUUUCAUGAAUUUGUGUAAGUAAAAAAUCACACUCAUUCUUUUGUACCUUGGAACUGCUUUCUGCUGUGUUGACAAUGGAGUUAGGAUGGAGUUAUCAUAUAAAGGUGAUGAUGAUCCCAUUUCUAAACAAAUUUUCUUUUGUGUA